CAACCCCCGUGGCUACCCCCACCCGGCUCAAACUCAGCCUCAGCAGUCUCCUCGUAGCCGGCGGCGUCCGAGUCUGGGGCGGUUCUACAGCGGCGUCAGCUGAGACCACGGAGACCACGGCCCUCGUCUCUCGCGGGCAGUGCGAGUGGAGGGGGACCGCCUCACAGCAGCGUCAGCUGAGACCACAGAGACCACUGAGACCACGGCCCUCGUCUCUCGCGGGCAGUGCGAGGUAGGGGACCGCCUCACGGCAGCGGCGGCGGCGGCGAAAGGGGCCCUGAGAGCGGGGAGGAGAGCAGGCGAGCUCAGGCUUCGCGAAGCCGCGGCCAUGGCCGUAAUCUUGGCGACAGUGGUCGUGGCUGCCGCUGCCGGGGCAGCAGCAGGGGCAGCAGCAGCGUCAUCGCCGUCAUCGCAGCAGGAGGUGAAGGUGGAGGCGGAGGUGAAGACGAAGGAGAUGGGGGGCGAGCUCCUGGCCGAGCAGAGCCAUCGGGAGGACUCGGCGGAGCUGCUGGUCUUCAUCCUGCUGCUCACCCUCACCAUCCUCACCAUUUGGCUCUUCAAGCACCGGCGCUUCCGCUUCCUGCACGAGACCGGCCUGGCCAUGAUCUACGGCCUGCUGAUGGGUGUGGUGCUGCGCUACGGCCUGCCUGGCUCGUCCACGGACGCCCACUUCCUGCUCAACUGCAGCCUCAACCUGAGCAGCAGCGGCGGCGCCGGCGGCGGCGCCGGCGGCGACGGCUCUCUGCUGCUGGUGGAGGUGGGGGGCCACUACUAUGAGUACGCGCGCCAACGGGAGGUGGAGCCCCCCACCAGCGAAGCGGGGGGGGCCCCGACGCCGCACACGCGGCCCAACGACGCGCUGCACAAGGUGACCUUUGACCCCGAAGUGUUCUUCAACAUCCUGCUGCCCCCCAUCAUCUUCUACGCGGGCUACAGCCUCAAGCGGAGGCACUUCUUCCGAAACCUGGGCUCGAUCCUGGCAUUUGCCUUCCUGGGCACAGCCAUCUCUUGCUUCGUCAUCGGGAUGAUCACGUGGGGUGCUGUUAAGCUGAUGCAGGCCGUGGGGCAGUUCACAGACAACUUCUACUUCACUGACUGCCUCCUCUUCGGAGCCAUCAUCUCAGCAACCGACCCCGUGACGGUGCUGGCGAUCUUUGCCGAGCUGGGCGUGGACGUGGAUCUGUACGCGCUGCUCUUCGGGGAAAGCGUCCUCAACGAUGCCGUCGCCAUCACUCUCGCAUCCGCGAUUGCGGCGUACAGCCCUGAGAACCAGCACACGUUUGACGCGUCGGCCUUCUUCAAGUCGGUGCUCAACUUCAUCGUCAUCCUCAGCGGGUCCUUCGCCAUGGGCGCUGCCACCGGAGUGGCCACCGCUCUCGUGACCAAGUUCACGCGGCUGCGCGAUUUCCCCUUGCUGGAGACGGCUCUAUUCUUCCUCCUCUCCUGGAGCACCUUCCUGUUGGCCGAGGCCUGCUCGCUCACCGGGAUUGUGGCGGUGCUGUUCUGUGGCAUCACCCAGGCUCACUACACCUACAACAACCUCUCUCCAGAGUCGCAGGAGCGGAGCAAGCAGCUGUUCGAGCUGCUCAACUUCUUGGCGGAGAAUUUCAUCUUCUCCUACAUGGGGCUGGCGCUCUUCACCUUCCAGAGGCAUAUCUUCAACCCCAUCUUCAUUAUCAGCGCCAUGCUGGCGAUGUUUGUGGGGCGAGCGUGCAACAUCUACCCGCUCUCCUUCUUCCUGAACCUGGCACGGAGGCACAAGAUCGCGUACAACUUCCAGAACAUGAUGAUGUUCGCAGGCCUGCGAGGCGCCAUGGCGUUCGCGUUGGCCAUCAGAGACACGACGACACCGGCCAGGCAGAUGAUCUUCAGCACCACGCUGCUCAUCGUCUUCUUCACCGUCUGGGUGUUCGGGGGCGGCACCACCGCCAUGCUCUCCUGCCUCAAGAUCCGAGUUGGUGUGGACCCAGACCAGGAUCUGCAGAUGAACAGUGACAACUUCCAACCACUGCAUUCGCAGAACGAGGGAGGCAGCCGGACCAAGAAUGAGAGUGCGUGGCUCUUCCGCAUGUGGUACAUCUUCGACCACAACUACCUGAAGCCGAUCCUCACCCACUCGGGCCCCCCACUCACCUCCACGCUGCCACGGUGCUGCGCCCCCCUCGCCCGCUGCCUCACCAGCCCCCACGCCUACGAGAACCAGGAGCAGCUGGGCGCCGGCACGGGGGGCGACGACGACGACUCGGUGCUCAUCCUGGGCGACGGCGACCUCAUCCUCACCGCGGGCAGCGCCAACGGGCCGGCCGCCGACCCCUCCUCCUCCUCCGCCGCCGCCGCCGCCGCCGCCGCCUCGUCGUCGUCCGCCGCCGCCGCCGCCGCCGCCGCCCACGCGCACGACCGGCGCCAGCGUGGGCCGGCGAGGCCCGGCAACGGGCCGAGUCGGCAGGAGCAGCUGCGGCAGCGGCGGCAGCAGCCGGGGGCGGCCGCCGGCGCUUCGCCGAGGAGGCGGCGCUCGAGGAGGGCGGCGACCUGGGGGAGGGCGACGCGGCGGUGGCGCGAGGCACACGCCUCGUCCUGCACUCGCACGGCGGCGACGACGAGGAGGAGGAGGGCGGCUACGGCGCCCUCGCCUGACCCCCGCCGUGGCUAAGGUCAGCUGACCCGAUGGCUUUGCGCUCUACCGGCGCCGCCGUCGCCGCUGUCGCCGCUGUCGCCGCCGCCGCCGUCGGCAUUGUCGUCGGCUGACCGAUGACGUCGUUGCAGUCGCCGGCCGGCCGGCCGACGCCGUCGUCGCCGUCGUCGUAGUCGUCAGCUGACCGGUGACAUCACGCUGCACUUGCCUGCCGAGGACGCUCGAGCCUGAUCAUCGUCGUCGUCGUCGUCAUCGUCACUAUCGUCGUCGCCUAGUAACCGGCGCCGUUACCGGAAUGCCGACAUCAUCGUCGUCGUAAUCAUCAUCACCGUCGCCUGGCGGCCGACAGCAUCAUCGCCGUCGCAUCUCCCGUGAUGACAUCAUCGCCGUCGCAUCUCCCGCGAUGACAUCAUCGCCGCCGCAUCUCCCGCGAUGACAUCAUCACCAUCGCCUGGCGGCCGACAGCAUAAUCGCCGUCGCAUCUCCCGCGAUGACAUCAUCGCCGUCGCAUCUCCCGCGAUGACAUCAUCGCCGUCGCAUCUCCCGCGAUGACAUCAUCGCCGUCGCAUCUCCCGUGAUGACAUCAUCGCCGUCGCAUCUCCCGCGAUGACAUCAUCGCCGUCGCAUCUCCCGCGAUGACAUCAUCGCCGUCGCAUCUCCCGCGAUGACAUCAUCGCCGUCGCAUCUCCCGCGAUGACAUCAUCGCCGUCGCAUCCCGGGCGAUGACAUCAUCGCCGUCGCAUCUCCCGCGAUGACAUCAUCGCCGUCAACCCGACAGCGUCGUGUUGACGGCGAUGGGUUCGUGACGGUUGUGAUGAUGACGGCGGUGGUGGCGGUGGCGGUUGUGUUGGUGACGGUUGUGGCGGUGGUUGCCCGGUGUCUUGCCACUAUGAAUCUGCAGUCCGUGUGGUUGCCGUGAUUUUUUUGCGAUCGCCGCCACCGCCCCCUUUGUGUCCUCGUCCUCCUCCUCCUCGUCCUCCUCCUCGUCCUCCUCCUCGUCCUCCUCCUCGUCGUCGUCGUUGUCGUCCUGGUCGUGUUUUGAUUUUUGCGCGGUUUCCCGAGCGAGCUUUUCGCGUAAUUUAUGAUCGCGGUGAAUUCUUGCGUGUCCGUCCGCCGCGUUCUUGUUGCGCUGCGUUGCGGUGCGUUGUGACGUCACGUCGCGUUGUGACGUCACGUUUGCGUUGUGACGUCACGUUGCGUUGUGACGUCACGUUGCGUUGUUGCGUUGUCGCGUUCAGCAGGCACUUUGUGCUGUCUGACCCCCUCGCGAUCCUCCUGACAAGCCCCACUACCCCCCCACAAAAAAUACAACAACAACAACCGCGUACCACUGAUGCCAUUAUCACCAUCACCACUACCACCAUCAAUACUAUCACCAAUACCAUCACCACCAUCACCACAAUCAGUAUCACCACCACCACGACAACCACGCACGACCGAUGCCAUCACCACCGCCAUCACUACCAUCACCACAAUCAGUAUCAACACCACAACAACUUAAACAACCACGCACCACUGAUGCCAUCACCACCAUCAUCAUCACCACAAUCAAUACC